AUGAAGCAACUGAUCCCAAACAGAAAGCACACCCAUCAACUAAAAUCACUCAACCACACUAAGCUACUGAACAAGAUUCUACACUGCACGGAAGAGGAUCUGAAAAAUGGCGGGAGUAUUUUGCAGUGUAAAAGUGAACUUAGUAGGCCGGAUAAUAAAUGCAAGUCUAAGAAAAGUUUAGCCCUAGUUCAGUGUCAUCUGCCUAUUGAAUACACUUUUGAUGAAGGCAUGUGUUUCUAUUGCACAACAGUCUCAACAGUGAAUUGCACAAUGCAUAGCAUGUUGCUCUGUAUAAAGCCAAAUAGAAAGACAUUCAAUCCAAAAGAUUCGUCGACUACUUUGGCGCCAAAAUGCGAUUUUGGCGCCAUUUCUCUACCUUUCAGUGAAGAGUUUGGUUAUUGUUAUGAUAUUGACCUGAAGAAGUGCUCUCUCGUCAGAAGGGGCUGCUGCCAGCUGCUGAAGUCUGCAAAUGUCACUACCACCUUCUCUCUAUCGUCCAGUAAAAGAGAGCAACCCGAUCUUGAUGAUGAUCUUUACGGCCUCUACUACGAUUCCACACCAAAAGACAGAAAAUCAUCACUACUCUCUAUACCUAGAAGGGUAAACCAGAGCAUCAGGCCGAAAUUAUCUAUAAAAUGUUCACGGAUUAGGCAUCGAGCGUCCGGCAGCGAUUAUGAUGAUGGUGAGGCUGUUAGGAGGGGGUCCAGUGUUUUAUGUGAAGUUGGCACUGUGGAUGUCUGGGAUGAGCAUUUGAAGCUGGUAGUGACGGACUGCUGGCUAUCUGCCGCUGCGGCUGCUGGUGGUGAUGACGAUCCGGCUGAAGAAAAUGUUCCAGAAACUUCUGGAAAAUCUCUUACGAAUCGAUCGUUUUUCAUCUUUCGAAAUAAGUAA